UUUCUGCUUCAGUCUGACUUCACAUCAGAGGACCGCACAGCAUGGAGCUGCUCACCAAAACUCUGUUUCUGUGCCUAGCACUCGCCCUUACUAAUGGAGCACCUGCGCACCAUGAUGCAGCAGUAGACGAUGCUUCUCUACCAGACCGCUGUGAUGGGAUUGGGUUUGAUGCCAUUACUCCUGACGAGAAAGGAACCACUUUCUUCUUCAGAGGUAGCCACUUGUGGGAAGGCUUUCAUGGUCCAGCUCAGCUGUCCAAUGAGUCCUUCCAGCAGCUUGAUGACAUCCAUAACAUCGGCCAUGUUGAUGCCGCCUUCCGCAUGCACAACAUAGAGCAGCUAGACCACCACGAUCACAUCUAUUUCUUCCUGGAUGACAAGGUUUUCAGCUAUCAUGACCAAGCUCUGGAAGAAGGGUAUCCGAAAGAAAUCCAGCAAGACUUCCCAGGAGUCCCCUCUCAUCUGGACGCGGCUGUGGAGUGCCCCAAAGGAGAGUGCAUGACAGACUCAGUUCUGUUCUUCAAGGGACAGGUUGUACAUGUUUAUGACAUUGCAACAAAGACAGUGAAGACCAAGACGUGGUCCCACCUGCCCGUCUGCACCUCUGCUUUGCGCUGGCUAGAGCACUACUACUGUUUCCACGGAAACAACUUCACCAAGUUCCACCCGGUAUCCGGAGAGGUGAGCGGUGUUUACCCAAAGGACGCCCGCAGUUACUUUAUGAAGUGCCCCAACUACGGUCAUGGCGGUGACUACAAAGUCCUGAAAUGCAGUGAUGUGAAAAUAGAUGCCAUCACCACUGAUGAUGCAGGCAAAAGUUACUUCUUCGCAGGCCCCAUCUACAUGCGUCUGGACACCAGGCGUGACGGCCUCCACGCCUUCCCAAUCACCAAGUCGUGGAAGGAGGUGACCAACGGGGUGGAUGCUGUCUUUUCCUACGCUGACAAAAUGUACUUGAUUAAGGAUGAUCAGGUUUACAUCUACAAAGCAGCUGCUCACUACACCCUGAUUGAAGGAUACCCUAAAACCCUGAAGGAGGAGCUCGGCAUUGAAGGACACGUGGACGCUGCUUUCGUCUGUCCUGAAGAUCACACAGUUCAUAUUAUCAUAGGAAGGACGAUUCGUGCGAUCGACCUAUCUGCCACGCCCAGGGCCGUGACCCAGGAGAGGCCCCUGCCUUUCUCCGACAUCGACGCUGCUUUGUGCAGUGCAGAAGGAAUUAAUGUGUUCAAAGGUGCAACGUAUUACAACUACGAAAGCCCCAUGACACUGGCUAUGAGCAGAAUCGCCCCUGAGCCUCUAAAUGUUACCAGAGCAAUGAUGGGGUGUGAGGAAUAGGAUGAAAGAACACUCAAACCUUUUAUUCCCCUACUACGCACGCAAGAAAAUAAAUGGCAUCUAUCCAUAAGAAUCUAAAUCACUUGGUAAACAGGUUCAAACGUGAGUUUUUGGAAAAGUGUCCCCCCCAUGAUGAAUAAAAUGUUGAAACUA